AUGGGCUCGGUCUCUCCAUAUGGACUGCUGGUCCGAUCUGCUCGGACAGGCGUCUCCUUCGUCCCUCGCCGGACAUUAGCGUCGACUGCCAUUCGCCGCGCACAAGAUGACUCCAAUAACAAAAAGGGAGGAUUCCUCUCCUCGAUGAAAAACCUAUUCCUGGGCGGCGACAAACAGGACCACACGGUCAUCAACACCCAGCAAGCGCCCACAAGAGAGAAAGGCGGCCUGGGUGCCGACUCGAUCUUCGCACAGGAAAUGAACAAGACCUCAGGAGCCACGCCUACCCGCCAGAAGAAGGAAGCGCAGGAACUGGGACAAGAAGAGAAGAAAUACCUGGAGUCGCGGCAGCUGUCAAACCUCCAAGCGGCACUCAACCCGGUCCCGAAAAGCAUGAGGCGGUGGCAGACGAAGAUGGUCGUUCGCGAGAUCCGAAAGCGCGGCCGUGUGCCACGAGUUGUGCAGAUCAAACGCACAGAACGCGAGGAGCUGGUCAAGUCGCAUUGGUUCAAGACCUCGGUGAAGAAGCUGGGUCCGCUGGCCCGUCAGAUCGCUGGCAAGAACAUCGAUGAGGCCAUCUUGCAGAUGCGCUUCAGUAAGAAGAAGGCCGCCAAGGAUGUGCUCGAGCAUCUGGAGCAUGCGAAGAACGUCGCCGUCGUUCGUUCCGGUAUGGGCUUGGGGGUGGCGCAAGAAUCGGAACCGUUCCAACCCACCACAGUCACCCUCCCGGACGGCACAAAGAAGAAGAUCACCGACCCAACAUCCAUCUACAUCGAGCAGGCGUGGGUCAACCGUGGUCCCUAUGGCGAGCAGAUGGAGCACCGUGCCCGAGGCAGAAUCAACCGGCUCCGCCCUCCAGCAACGGGCAUUUCCGUCCUCCUGAAGGAGGAGAAGACCCGCAUCCGCGAGUGGCAGGACCGCGAGGCUACCGCGUUGCGGCAGCGGAAAGAGCAGCUCUGGACCCAGCUGCCAGACCGGAAGAUCUCUGCCCAGAACCAGUACUACAGCUGGUAA